AUGCAUCAUCUUUCAACCUCACCAAAGCCGAAGAGCAACUUCAGAUUGCAUUACAAAACGCAAACCCUGUCCAGCCAGAUCCAAGAAUCUCGGGAAGACUGCCUGUUCUUGGAUGUGAUCGUGCCCAAACAGGUCUUUGACGGCUCCAAAAGCAGAAUCAGGAGGCGUCAGAACGCGGGCGCUGCGGUGGUAGUCUGGGUCUACGGUGGUGGUUACACGGAAGGGUGGAAAAGAUCAUCUGGUAACCCUAGUGGUCUCAUUGAGGCUAGUCAGGCCGGCGGCGAAGAGGGUAUCGUCUUCGUGGCCAUGAACUACCGACUGGGUGCGAUGGGCUGGCUUGCUGGUCCUACCUUGCAGGCUGCCGGAGGAGUAUCCAAUGCCGGUCUCUACGAUCAGCGUCUCGCUCUGGAAUGGGUUCAGAAGUACAUCCAUCUGUUCGGCGGCGACGCAAAGCGAGUCACCGUCAUGGGUGAGUCCGCUGGAGGAGGCUCAGUCGUCCACCAGAUCACCGCCUAUGGAGACCAAAAGGGGGUUCCAUUCCAGCAAGCUAUCCCACAGUCACCUGGCUAUCUUCCGACGCCGUCAUAUUUCGUCCAAGAAAACACCACGCAGACGUUUCUGUCUCUGCUAAACGUCAGCACCAUCCAGGAAGCCAGGCAAUUAUCCUCAGCUGCCGUGAUCAAAGCCAAUGCACUUCAAGUGGGAGCGUCCACCUAUGGAACGUUCACUUACGGGCCAGUGGUUGAUGGAGUAUUUGUACCGGCUCUACCCGGGACCCUUCUCAACGCAGGGCAAUUUGCAAAGAAUGUUAGCGUCAUGGUUUCUCAUAUGCUCAGCGAAGGCCCCGCCUUUACGCCACCGAAUGUACGAACCGACGAUCAGUUAGAAGCGAUGAUACUCUCGCUGAAUCCUGAAACCCCUGCUCCCGCAGUUAACUACAUUGUGAAAACACUCUAUCCGGCAAAAUAUGAUGGAAGCCAGCCUUACAACUCUCCUAUCGAGCGGACAACCCUGUUUGUCACCGAGACCUCCUUCACCUGCAACACCUAUUUCCUCAAUAAGGCAUACGGCAACCAAACCUACGCAUAUCAAUUCGCAGUUCCGCCGGGCUUUCAUGGAUUUGAUGUGCCAUAUACGUUUUACAACGGUCAACCCACCAACCUGACCCAGGAUAUGAUUGCGCCUGUGGGCAAAACCCUUCAAGCCUACCUUACUAAUUUCAUCAUGACGGGCAACCCAAAUGGAAAGGGGCUGCCGCCCUUCCCUAUGCAGGGCCAGAACGCCAGUAUGAAUUCUAUAUCCACCACAGUAAAGCGGGUCAAAGAUGAUACCUCAAACCAGAGAUGUGCAUGGUGGGAGAAGUCGCUGUUUACUUGA